CGUUACCGGUGGGGGUGGGUUGAGUACACUGGCCUUGUUGCUUGUUGUGAGCUGCUGGAGGAGGGGAGCUUGAGCCUGAUCCCUGUCUCUCUCUGUGUUGUCUUCGCUCCCCCACUCUCCCUUAGUGUGAUCCGGCUCAUUAUGCAGUACCUGAAGGAGAACAGCCUUCAUCGUGCACUGGCCACUCUCCAGGAGGAGACCACUGUGUCCCUCAACACUGUGGACAGCAUUGAGAGCUUUGUGGCAGACAUCAACAGUGGGCACUGGGACACAGUGUUACAGGCUAUACAGUCCCUCAAGCUUCCAGACAAGACCCUGAUUGACCUCUAUGAACAGGUUGUUCUGGAAUUAAUAGAGCUCCGUGAAUUGGGUGCUGCCAGAUCCCUUCUGAGGCAAACUGAUCCUAUGAUCAUGUUAAAACAGACUCAGCCAGAGAGAUACAUUCACCUUGAGAAUCUCCUGGCUAGGUCCUACUUUGACCCUCGUGAAGCAUAUCCAGAUGGCAGCAGCAAAGAGAAACGGAGAGCUGCUAUCGCCCAGGCUUUAGCUGGAGAAGUCAGUGUAGUACCUCCAUCACGUCUUAUGGCAUUGUUGGGGCAGGCUCUGAAAUGGCAACAGCACCAGGGACUGCUUCCUCCAGGGAUGACCAUUGAUUUGUUCAGAGGUAAAGCAGCUGUAAAAGAUGUAGAAGAAGAAAAGUUCCCAACACAAUUGAGCAGACAUAUUAAGUUUGGCCAGAAGUCACAUGUGGAAUGCGCUAGGUUUUCUCCAGAUGGUCAAUAUCUGGUAACCGGCUCUGUGGAUGGAUUCAUUGAAGUGUGGAAUUUCACUACUGGAAAGAUCAGAAAGGAUCUGAAGUACCAAGCACAAGAUAACUUUAUGAUGAUGGACGAUGCAGUUCUGUGUAUGUGUUUCAGUAGAGAUACCGAAAUGUUAGCAACUGGAGCGCAAGAUGGGAAGAUCAAGGUGUGGAAGAUUCAGAGUGGGCAGUGUCUGAGGAGGUUUGAACGAGCACACAGUAAAGGUGUCACCUGCCUCAGUUUCUCCAAAGACAGCAGUCAGAUUCUUAGUGCUUCCUUUGAUCAGACAAUCAGGAUUCAUGGCUUAAAAUCUGGAAAAACUUUGAAGGAAUUCCGUGGUCAUUCUUCAUUUGUUAAUGAAGCUACUUUUACACAGGAUGGUCACUAUAUUAUCAGUGCAUCCUCUGACGGCACAGUGAAGAUUUGGAAUAUGAAGACAACUGAGUGUUCCAACACCUUCAAGUCUCUUGGCAGCACAGCUGGAACAGACAUCACUGUGAAUAGUGUGAUUCUGCUGCCUAAAAAUCCAGAACACUUCGUCGUUUGCAACAGAUCAAACACAGUGGUCAUCAUGAACAUGCAAGGACAAAUUGUAAGAAGCUUCAGCUCUGGUAAGAGAGAAGGUGGUGACUUUGUUUGUUGUGCCCUUUCACCACGUGGUGAAUGGAUCUACUGUGUGGGUGAAGACUUUGUGCUGUACUGUUUCAGCACAGUGACUGGAAAGCUGGAGAGAACUCUGACGGUUCAUGAAAAGGAUGUAAUUGGCAUCGCUCACCAUCCCCAUCAGAACUUGAUUGCUACCUACAGUGAAGAUGGCCUCUUGAAACUCUGGAAACCAUAACUUUGUUUUUAAUGAGCUUUGGAGCAUGCUUCUUAGAAGAAGAGCUCUUGUGUUCGUGCUUUGACGAGUCCACGUAUGCUGAAUGUGAUUUUUUUUCUCAAUUUUCAUUUCAUUUCAGGAGCCCUGAACUUUUUUAGUACUUGGUCUAAAUUAGCUGUACACUGUCAGUGGUUAGAACCUUUUUGUUAAUCCUGUAUCUGGGUAACUAAAGCAGUUUAAUUGCUGUAGAAGUGAUUAUUCUGUCUUGUGAAGUCUUUGUUUUCCCUUGUGCUGUUUUUAAAGGUAAAUGGAAAAACAACCAUCAGUUUAUAAAUGGUUGACUUGCUAAAAUAUCUAGCAGAUGGCUCAUUUAUUUCAUUCAGAACAAGAAUAAAAUAGACAGGAGAAGAGAGUCUUUCUUUACCUUAGCAAAGAUGGAUUCUUUUUGGAAAACAACUAUUGAUCCUAAUCUACCUUGCCUUUCUUUAGGACACAAACGUUCUAAUGCAAUGGAAUUUUCUGCUGCAUUUAUAUCAUAGUAACUAUCUAACUUUGAUCAUUUAACAAAAUAGACUUCUGCCUUCUGUGCAGAAGAAUCCCCCACGGAGGGCUUACAUGACAAGAAGCGGCGUGUGUGAGAUUUGUUUCCAGCAGGGAUGUGCAUAACUGCCUUCUGAUUCCCUUAGAAAACAGUUUAUAGCUGGCCUGAUUUGUAUUUGGGAUGGGAUUUGUGGUGGGGCAACAGUUGAGUUCUGUUUUAAGAUAACACUGUAGCCUUUUGACCCGUCAGUCUGACAUUGUGUGCUUCCCUUGAGAUUAUGGCUUAUCCAGUUUCCUGCUAAUAAUCACCAAUAUGUUUAAAUGGGCUUACAAUUCUUUAUUUUUAUAGUACAUCUUAUUUCUGUGCAUUUGAUUGCAAAAUAUACUGGUUCAAAAUGGAGGUCUUGUUUUCUCACAACAAUAUUUGCAGGGCUUUUUAGUAUACUACAUCCUGCCUUCAUGGGUUGUAUUGAAUGCUGUAUUCUUAAAAGGAAUCAGAAUAACUUCUCUAUUAAACAAUAGACAGUA